GGUGGGUAGAAGAUCGGUGGGCGAAGCCCCCAAAAGUGAAAAAUUCUUUCCGUAUUUACAAGAACUCAGUGUUAUUGCCAACAUGACCUCUCUCACAUUGAAAGGGGGAUUCUCGGCCAUCAAAUUCGGGUUCUCAAGAAACUCUCUUGAAGCGAAGGCAUGGCGACUUCUUUACGCCAAACACGUUCAUGGAGUGAGCGAGAGACGAGAGGACGGAGAGCCAACUGUCAUUCGAGGUUACUGCAUUCGAGAAAUGAGCGUCUCGAAAACGUCUUAUCUGGUUGAAUUAACACUAGAUGAGGCACGGAGAGUAAUCGAUAGUCAUUGCAAUUGUAGGUCGGGCUCAACAGGCCAGUGUAAGCACACAGGAGCUGUUGUCUUAUUUGUUAACUCAGAGCGCAAUGAGGCGCCCACAGACCGAGCCUGUGAAUGGAACAAACCCUCAAACAAGGGUCAAGCUUUGUAUCCAAAAGGCGAGACGAUUGAUUCAAUUAUUGGUAAUCCGGAUCCAAUGACGAAACGUAAACACCUUGCGCCCAAUGCAAAUGAGAAGGAUCGCAUGAUUGAAAUCAUGAAGACAACAGGCCUGGAACAAUCCCUGUUAUUCCAAGUGCUAAUUUGUCACCCAGAACCGAAGGGCGAGGAUUGGUUAAAGAUAGAUGAUGCCCAUGCGAGGGAAGAAGAGAUGCCCUCUUGGGUCAGUGGCUUGUUUGCUAAUCCUAUUGGAAGGAACCCAGGCCUUUUCGCAACUCAGUCAAAUUCAAUUGUGACCGUCCGCUCUUUGGAAAGGAGUCUUACUCCACAGGCGCUGGACUUUUAUCAUUCCAAGGUGAAGGUCUCCAAAGAUGACGCCAUUACAAUCUGUCGUGUCACGAUUUUGCAAAGAAAAAGCCCUGCGUGGCACAUCGAAAGAGCGUCAAGAUUGACGGCGUCAGUAGCUCACAAGGUUGCGAACGGUAAAAAGGAAGAAACCAGGGUCAAGUACUUUACAGCCAAACCUCCUAGCAGCCUGAGAGCCCUUCAAUAUGGACGUGAUCAUGAAGAAAAAGCAAGGGAAGUCUUUGAGCAUCAGACUGGAUUGCGAGUGACAAAUGUUGGGUUAUGUAUUAAAUCUAAUGAGCCUUGGCUGGCGUGUUCACCAGACGGGCUUAUGCAAGAAAAUGACGGAAGUAUUGCCCUUCUCGAGAUUAAGUGCCCCAUUUCUUGUGAAAAAGGGGACAUUGUUGUUGAUUACAUUCAAAAUAAUUCACUUAAGCAACAACAUCCGUAUUUUACCCAAGUUCAAACCUCACUUUAUGUUCUAAAUCUUACAAAAUGCUAUUUCUUUGUAUUUAGUGAAGUAGAUUCUAAGCUCUUUACCAUUGAACGAGAUGAUUUGUGGCUGUAGAGGACCAUCCCUAAAUUGGAAAAAAUAUACUUUAAAGAAAUUCUGCCAGCUUUGGCCUUUAAGGCUAACUUGUGAUAUUUUCCGUGUUAGAAAUUGUCCUCCAUCACAACAAUCUUUAACGACAAAUAAAAACGAAGAAAACAUGUAUUUAUUCAUUGAUAAGAUCAUUCAUUAGAUUGCAAAGAAAACAA